CGAGGUCCAAGGUCAGAGGUCGCGGGGCCGUCAUGGCGGCGCUGUGUCGGGCCCGUGCCGCAACUGCCAAGAGCCGUUUUCUGCGAGGGUUUCCCUUCCGUCGGCCCUGCCGAGGCACAGGCACCGGGAGCAGCUCAGGGAGCGAGAGUCCCGAUGCCACGGAGCCUGAAAUGCGCCAGGGCGGCUUCGCGAGCGCUUUGGAGCGGCACUCGAAGCUGAGGCGGAAGGCGGAGCUCGGGGAGAAGCCGGCUUCUCCAAAAAAUAUGGAAUCCUUUGCAUCUAUGUUGAGACAUUCUCCUCUUACUCAGAUGGGACCUGCCAAGGAUAAACUAGUCAUUGGACGAAUCUUCCAUAUUGUAGAAAAUGAUCUUUAUAUAGAUUUUGGUGGCAAGUUUCAUUGUGUAUGUAGAAGACCAGAAGUGAAUGGAGAGAAAUACCAGAAAGGAACCAGAGUCCGGCUGCGACUGUUAGAUCUCGAACUUACGUCUAGGUUCCUGGGAGCGACCACAGAUACAACUAUACUUGAGGCGGAUGCGAUUCUCUUAGGAAUCCAGGAGAGUAAAGACACAAAAUCAUAAGAGGAACGUCAUGAAUAAGAAACAGACUUUGCUUAGUGCAUUCCUUUUUGUUGUUGUUUAACCCACAUAUUCAUCGAGAAUGCAAUUAGAAAAUUGUGAAUAAAUGAUUGAAAGAAGACAUAAUAAAGGAAAGCUAUAAUUACA